CCGGAGUACCAGGGGGAGCCGGACGAGAUCUCCGUGCAGAAGUGCCGCGAAGCCGCCCGGCAGAUUCGGGGACCUGUUAUAGUAGAGGAUACCUGUUUGUGCUUCAAUGCCCUGGGGGGGCUUCCAGGACCAUACAUAAAAUGGUUCCUGGAAAAACUCAAACCAGAAGGCCUGUACAAGCUGCUGGCUGGGUUCGAGGACAAAUCAGCCUACGCUCUCUGUACCUUUGCGUUCAGCUCUGGAAACCCAGAGGAGCCGGUGAAGCUGUUCAAAGGCCAGACCCACGGGCUGAUCGUGGAGCCCAGGGGCCCUCGGGAUUUUGGCUGGGAUCCCUGCUUUCAGCCGGACGGCUACAACCAGAC